UAAAGAGAGUAACCGGGAAUUUUCAAUUCCUUUUCACCGCCAUUCUUUGAAACUUCUUGUCGGGUUUUGCUAGCUUAAAUUUAGUUGGGUCUCCUGGUUUGUUUCUCUUUGCUAUUUGUACGCGCUGUUAUGUCCUCCCCUUUUGUGUUCAAGUCUGCGGACACGCCGACUACAUCGGAUCCGAACGAUGUUUCCAGUAUAACAUCAUUACUUUCGCAAACUACAGUAGAAGAUGAGAAAAACGAGUUAAGCUUCUCUGGCCGGUCUCUGAAAUUGAACGAGGCUGAAGAUGCACAAGAAAUCAUUGAUGCAAUCAAUGAUUUCAAGAAUAUGUGUGUGUUACGUAUGGAUGGGAAUACAGUAGGACUGAAUGCUGCUAAGGCAAUUGCAAAGAGUUUGGAAAAUCAUCCAGAAUUUAAAAGAGCUCUAUGGAGUGAUAUAUUUACUGGACGACUAAGGGAGGAAGUUCCACCCUCAUUGAAAGCUUUAGGUGCAGGUGUUAUGACAGCAGGAGCUCAUCUGGUGGAACUAAAUCUCAGUGACAAUGCAUUUGGUGCUAUUGGUGUGGAAGGAAUUGAAGAACUCUUGCUCAGCAGCUGCUGUUAUUCUUUGAAAGAGCUUUACCUGAACAAUAAUGGACUUGGUAUCAGUGGUGGAAAGCUGCUGGCCAAAACUAUGUUGAAGUGUCAUGAAACCAGUGUGGCUGCUGGCACACCAUUUCAGUUGAGUGUUUUUGUAUCUGGACGGAACCGGUUGGAAAACGAAGGAGCUACUGCUCUUGCACAGGCCUUUAAGACCAUUGGUUCAUUGGAGCGUAUUGAAAUGCCACAGAAUGGAAUCCAACAUAAGGGUAUUUUGGCCCUUGCUAAGGCUUUGGCCUCAAACCCUUCCUUAAGAACUCUUAACCUCAAUGAUAACACAUUUUCAGAAAACGGAGCUCAAGCUAUGGCUGAAGUCCUUCCAAAACUGCAGAGGCUUGAAGUAAUUAAUUUUGGUGAUUGUCUUCUGAAGACUGGAGGUGCAAAAGCUAUAGGUGAAAGUUUGAAGACAUCACACACAUGUUUAAAACAACUUAUAUUAAGUGGUAAUGAAAUAGGAAGAGACGGCGCCACUAUUGUAAUCAAAGCAAUGCAGAAUAAAGAAAAUUUGGAAUUUGUAGAGCUCAAUGAAAAUUGCAUAGGUGAGGAUGGAAUAGAGAACAUUAAGGUUUAUAUGGAGUCUAUUGGGAAACUUGAUUCUCUUGGCUCAUUCAGUGAUGAUGAAGGUGAUGAUGAAGAGGAGGAAGAGGACGAGGACGAGGAUGAGGAAGAAGAAGAAGAGGAAGAGGAGGAAGAAGAAGAAGAGUAUGAAGAUGAAGACAUUGAAGGAGAGGAAUAUAUGGAUAGCCUUAAAGCCAGCGAAUUGAUGAAGACUCCACCACAUAAGGUGUCUGCCAGGGAUUUCCUUGCCUUCCCGUCACCUAGUAAACUAUUACAAAUGGGUACUGCUGAUACAAUAACAAAAAACAUUAAAGCAGAACUUGGGGAAUCUUGUACAAAUGUUGAUGAAGUUGUUAAAACUUUCUUAAAGAUAGCAUCUGUUGUGGAUUCUCAAAAUGAAAAGUUAAAGAAAACUGCCAACCAGUGUACAGAUUCCUUAUUUUCAGAGCUUUUAAAAGCAAAUCCAGAAGAAAAUACCUCAUUAUUGUUCAACUCACUCUUAGUCCACAUGGGUUUACUUAAGGGAGAAGACAAGAAAUAUAAAUCACCUGGAGACCUCAAUGGUACCUUGAUAGUUCUAGAACAUUGUGUACAACAGGCUUACUUCCCGAGCUUUGGGCGAGAUAUUCUCAGUGCAUUCAUUAGCCGGCCAUCCACGAUGUUAGAAAAUUGUAGUGAAAUGCAGCACAAGUUUUUGCAGACUGUCAACAAAUUUUGAGAAACCUUCUGCACUAUCACCACCACCACCACCACCAUCAUCAUCAUCAACAUCAUCAUCACCAUCUUAUUUACACACCUCUGCACUACACACCAAGAUUGUUUAUACAAUUGCCCAUCUCCCUCAUCCCAUCCUGACCUCAUGAAUGGAAUGCUUUGGGAAAGCCAUAAUAUUAUUUACAGUGUAUGUAUACACAACGAAAACAUUGAAUAAACACAUACAGGAAAACUAGAAAACAACAAAAAGGACAAUUGGUGAAAAAUUUUUAGUGAGACAAUGAAAAGGAUGUAUAUUUUUCCCCAGACACACAACACAAUGGCUGUAGCUACUGUAAGAUUUGAACUGGUUAAAAUGUGAACUUUAGUGAUCAAGGUCUUUAUCUUGCUUUACAGUCAUUUAUGUCUCCUUUCAGCUUUCUCAAUUUGGAAAUAUUUCUUUUUUGCAGUUGGCCAUAAAACAUGGUUGUUGCAGUGAAAUAAAAUUAUUUUCUUUUCAAUUCUGAGAAUUGUCAAACGGCUAUAAAGAAAUUUAAAAAUAA